UUGCAUGACCUUACUGUACUAAAGGUCAGGGCAUAAUGAUUAUGCUAAAGCUAUAUUACUAUCCAUACUUAAUUUUCACUAGAUCAAGCUAAAGUUGGGUAUAAUGGAGUACCCAAUUACUACCCUUUUUUGAUAACAAAUGCUUUAGGUUGCGUCCCCCACAAGCUCACCUUUCCAUAUCCAACAAUGGGAAAACAAACUCUACUGACAAACAAAACCCCCUCUAAGAUUCAAGUCAUUUUCACACCUUAGCAUUCAACUGUUUUUAGGUCAAUCUCCCUUCAAACUUAGUCAACAAAUCUUUUCACCAAUCCAUAUGCCGCAUUAGUGCUAAGUGGGGUUCCCCCCACAUUAGAUGGAAACUCCCCUCAUUUACUUUUAAUAUUCCUCUAAUCACCCCGAUACAUUUUUAUAUACACGAUACACCCGAGUGCAUAUAUCACAAACUCGUACUGUAAUCGUACAAUAUAUUUGAAUACUCUCAUAAUAAUACAAAAAAAUACAGUAUACCCAAAUCUCGAGUAACAGUGAAAUUGUUAGAUCACUCAAUAGUCACUACAUAUUCUUAAGUGCACCUAGCUCACGGUAUACCCGAAUGUAUAUUAAAAUUUCUUAUACACCCCUCCUAAAGCUGAGGUGUCAUGAAGAUAUGCAAUCCUAAAUUUCCAAAAUCAUUUUAAUAAAUCAAAAAUAUUAACCCCAUUUUUUUUCUUCUACCUCACUCACACACUCUCUCUCUCCUACCUACCUACUUUCUCUCUCUAAAAAUGGCUGCCAGUCCACCAGAACAACAACACCCACCUCAACCAGGCCCAACACUUCCUCCAACCUCCUUUCUCUCCGCCAUAGUCGUCCACCAAUCUCCACCGUCCAAACUCCCUAUCGACUUCAGCCCACCGUUGAUCGCCAUGGUGGUCGUUGCAGCAGCAGCCUUCCUCUUCAUCACUUACUCCCGCCUUAUUUCCCGCCACCUCUUCCCGCCAUUUCUCCGCUUAUUCCGCCGUCAUCUCCGCCGCCGGAUUCUCUUCCCGCCGUCCGAUAUCGGCUCUCCGCCGCCGCCCUACGAAUCCUCCGACGGAUUCUAUGUUUACUCACCUUACGGCCUCGAUGAAUCGGUUAUCAAGAAUAUUCCGUUGACAAUUUACAGGUUUCCGACGAAAUUAGGGUUUAUCGAAGUUGAUGGAUUCAAUGAUUGUGCUGUUUGUUUGCUUGAUUUUGAGGAGGGAGAAUGUAUUCGUACUCUGCCUCUUUGUUGUCACGCUUUCCACGUUGAUUGUAUCGACAUGUGGCUUCGAUCGCACGCCACGUGUCCGCUUUGUCGUGCCGGAGUUUACCUUCCACCGCCGCCGGAAUCACCGUUGUUGUCGCCGGUAAUGGCGGCGAGAAUCCGUCCGAGCUUCGACGAAGGAAUUCUCCUCGAAAGCAUGUUUUUAGAGCCGUUACCGGAAGUUGAUGUCGAGCAAAAUUCCGGCGAAAUUCAGGAGGUUUUCUCGCCGGAAAGAAGGGUAAUUCAGUCAGAAGAUCACCGUUGUAAUAGAAGAGAACUCGAUUUUCUUCUCAAACGAUCGUAUUCGUUUGGUUUUGAACGGAGUUUUCCGUCGGAAAGGUUAGUUAUGGAGCCGGCAACGACGCCGUAUCACCUUCGUCAACGGCGGAGCUUCUUCUGGACAAAACGACCAUCAUCAACGCCGUUUAGCUCAUUAGCAAAAUCCAGAGUCUUCUCUUUCCGGCGAACGAUGAAAUCUCCGGCGUUUUUCCGGCGACGAGGGUUCUUCCCGUUAUCAGAGUCUUCAGCGAGCUUACGAUACGCUAGCACAGAUGAACCUUCUAGAAGAAUGAAAUCAAUGGCGUCGCCAUUAUUUGGAAGAGCGGCGAUGUUUUCGUCGAGUCGAAUGAGGUCGGGUGAUCCUGAAGCGUUGAUUUCACCGGAGAGGUUUAACAGACGGUAGGAGAUGAUGACACGUGGGAGGUGGAUGAAGCGUUGGAUUAAGGUGGAAUGAAUGAACGGUGAUGAUGGGGUGUAAAUGUGGUGGGGGUGAGGGUGGUGUAAAUGUAGUUGGAAAAUUUAAUGGGAGGGUGUGUCAAGACUGUCAACUGUCAAGUGCAUUAAAUGGGUGAAAUUGACGAAAGAGAAAAUUAUUAAGGGAGUGUUAGAAAGAUGGAGAGAGAUAAUAUAACUUAAUUAAGGGACUUUUUGUUUAAGAUUACUUUUGGGGAUUCUCUCUCCAUCUAUCUACUAGUCUCUGAAGUUGGUUUUUAGGCGUAAACGGAGCUUUAAAGCAAUGAUGUAAACGGAGUUUGAUCUCGGUUUUUGUAAAGAUAAUACUCGUAGUCUAAUAGUAUAGGUUAGGAGAUAGGUGUGGAGGUGUAGUAGGGAGUGUUAAACUUAAAUUGAUGGGAUUGAUCUUGGUUAGGAAAUAGGGUAAUAUCAUUUAAUGCAGGAAAUUGAUUUAUGGAACUCUCAACUCUCAAGCUUUAAAUUUC